UAUCCUCUUAACUUCUCCACCGUUCAUGAAAGCUUAAUAGCGGCUCCAAUCUCAAAGUGAAACUGAGUCAGUUUUGCACAUGUUAAACGAUGUGUAUUACUACUACUUGUUAUUAUGAACUUCUUGUUGGAGUCUUCCAUUUACAGUUUCAGGCUCGGUUACAUUAACUCAGACAACUAGUUACUUGAAGCUUCAUUAAAUUUCCUUUUUUUCCUCCAACCUCACGAGUCAGGAGGCCCCUUUAGGGUGCUCAGUCAAUCCUCCUCUUUGGGUUAAAACUCAAGAUUCAUGGCUGCUGACGAGUCUACUUUGCCACACCUAUUCUGUUAUUAGCAACUCUAAUGAAGCAGCAAUUCACCAUGAACAUAGCAUGGCUUCUGGCGUCAAUGAUCUUGUACAAUGGUUUUCCUAUAAUUGGAGUGAGCACAAAUGUUUCCACAAGACCAGAAGUUGUUAAUAUUGGUGCUAUUUUUUCAUUCCAAUCUGUCAUUGGAAAAGCUGCAAAAGUUGCAGUAGAAGCUGCCAUUGAAGAUAUUAAUUCCAACCCAGAUAUUCUUCGGGGAACUAAAUUAAACUUACAACUGAAGGACUCCAAUUACAGUGGAUUUCUGGCAAUGGUGGAAGCUUUACUGUUCAUGGAGAGAGACACCGUGGCCAUAAUUGGUCCCCAGUCUUCUGUGACGGCUCAUGUGAUUUCCCAUAUUGCGAAUGCUCUGCGAGUCCCUCUAUUGUCAUUCUCGUCCACAGAUCCAACGCUGUCUCCAAUUCAGUUCCCAUUCUUUGUCAGAACUGCUCAGAAUGAUCUAUAUCAGAUGGCUGCCAUCGCUGAAAUCAUAGACCAUUUCGAAUGGAGAGAGGCCAUAGCAAUCUACGAGGAUGAUGAUCAUGGAAGAAAUGGGAUUGCUGCACUGGGGGAUAAGCUGGCCGAAAGACGAUGCAGGAUCUCCUACAAAGCUCGUUUAAGCCCGGAUCCAAAACAGGAUGAAAUAGCUGACGUUUUGGUUAAGGUGGCUUUAAGGGAGUCUAGGAUUCUCGUUGUUCACGUUCCUGGUAGCUGGGGUCUAAAACUGUUCAGUGUGGCUCAGUAUCUCGGGAUGCUGGGAACUGGCUAUGUCUGGAUUGCUACUACUUGGCUAUCUACAGUCUUAGAUGCUAAUUCUCCCCUCUCUCAAGAUGCUAUGGAUGACAUUCAAGGAGUUGUUACAUUGCGGAUGUACACACCAGAUUCAGAACUCAAGAGGAGAUUUGUUUCUAGGUGGAGUAACUUAACCAGUGGAAACCCUGUUGGGCUGAACGCUUACAGUCUAUAUGCAUACGACACUGUGUGGUUGCUAGCUCAUGCAAUCAAUGAAUUCUUCAAUCAAGGGGGAAACAUUUCGUUUUUAAAUAAUUCUAGGUCACCGGAGCUACGUGGCGGAAACUUACACCUGGAUGCUUUGGGCGUCUUCCAAGGAGGGAACUUGUUACUUGACAACAUUCUAAAAACCGAUAUGAAGGGUGUAACAGGCACUGUGAGGUUUACUUCAGAUAGGAAUCUCAUUCAUCCUGCUUAUGAAGUCAUCAACGUGAUUGGUAAUGGGCAUAGAAGAAUCGGCUACUGGUCUAAUCAUUCUGGCUUGUCCAUCGUGCCUCCGGAAACCCUUUGGGCAAAGCCACCUAACGGCUCUAGACCAAGUAAAACAUUACAUGGUGUUGUUUGGCCUGGACAAACGACUCAAAAACCCCGUGGAUGGGUGUUUCCAAAUAGUGGAAGACGCUUGAAUGUGGGAGUCCCCCAUCGUGUUAGUUACCGUGAAUUCGUCUCAGUAAGAGGCCCUGACGCAAUUACUGGGUACUGCGUUGAUGUAUUCACUGCUGCUCUGAAUUUGUUGCCCUAUGCUGUCCCAUAUAAAUUAAUUCCCUUCGGGGACGGUCGUACCAGUCCUAGUGGCACUGAGCUUGUGAGCUUGAUCACAGCAGGUGUAUUUGAUGCGGCAAUAGGUGACAUUGCAAUCAUCACUAACAGAACAAAUAUGGCAGAUUUCACACAGCCAUAUAUCGAGUCUGGAUUAGUUGUAGUGGCCCCGGUUAGGAGGAAGAAUUCUGAUGCUUUGUCCUUUCUGAGGCCAUUCACACGAAGGAUGUGGGCAGUGACAGCCAUCUUUUUCCUGGUGGUGGGAACAGUAGUUUGGUUUUUGGAGCACCGGAUGAAUGAUGAAUUCAGAGGACCCCCAAGGAGACAAGUAGUCACUAUUUUAUGGUUUAGUUUUUCAACUUGGUUCUUCGCCCAUAGAGAGACUACUGUCAGUGCACUGGGUCGCAUAAUUCUUGUUAUCUGGCUAUUCGUUGUUCUUAUAAUCAAUUCUAGCUACACUGCAAGCCUUACCUCAAUCCUUACAGUGCAGCAACUUACUUCUCCCAUUAAAGGCAUUGAAACUUUAGUAUUAAGCAAAGAUCCUAUUGGGUACCAGCAGGGUUCGUUUGCCCGAAAUUAUUUAAUUGAUGAACUAAAAAUUGAUGAAUCAAGACUGGUUCCUCUUAAUUCGCCUGAAGAAUCUGCUAAAGCUUUGGAAGAUGGCCCCCACAAGGGUGGUGUUGCUGCAAUGGUGGAUGACCGUGCUUACAUCGAGCUAUUUCUCUCGACCAGAUGCGAAUUCAGUAUCGUGGGUCAAGAGUUCACCAAAAACGGAUGGGGUUUUGCCUUUCCUCGGGACUCUCCUCUAGCAGUGGACAUGUCAACUGCCAUUCUGAGACUCUCAGAGAAUGGAGAUCUUCAAAGGAUCCAUGACAAAUGGCUCUUAAGACGUGCAUGCAGUUAUCAAGGUGCAAAGAUGGAAGUGGACGAGCUUCAGCUUAAAAGCUUUUGGGGCCUGUUUCUCAUAUGUGGAUUAGCUUGCUUUAUUGCUCUCUUGAUAUAUUUCUUGAAGAUGGUGCGCCAGUUCAGCCGCCACAACUCCGAGGAACUGGAGCUUUCUGGCCGAUCUGCACGCGUUCAGACGUUUCUAUCCUUCGUUGAUGAAAAGGAGGAGGAGGUUAAAAGUAGGUCCAAGAGAAGGCAGAUGGAGAGAGCCUCUAUCAGAAGCGAAGAUGGAUCAAUUAGCAGCUCCAACGCCAACUCCAUCAACAGAAACACUAGCGAAUUUCCUUCAAACAAAAGCCCUGGAACUAGUACUGAAGUCUAGUUCCACAGUAUAUGAUAUACAUGGAUUAUCCGGGGACUUUGCCAUUGUCAUGAUACACUGGAUAUCAGAAUCUGCUCUCCAAAAGCUUGGGUAAUUGUAAUAUUAUUGCAUGGUCAUCUGCAGGCAGGUCUCACUCUGCCUGGGUCUUUAACAAAAUAACCUCCUUCAUAUCAAUUUGUGAAAGAAAGGUAUGUUAGCAGCUUGAUCUUCAGUAUUUUUUUUUU